AUGUCUUCCUCGACUUUACCUCCCACCCCGACCCCAACAUCCCACUCCAACAAAGCAAUCAUUGGAGGCGUAAUAGGCGGCACAGCCUUCCUCAUCCUCAUCCCCGCCGCAAUCUUCAUUCCGAUAUUCAGAAAACGGAGAUCUUGCUAUGAUAUCGCUUUACGGCGACACACCCACUCUCACAUUCGCAAGACCACGACCAUUGCGACAAGUACUCGCAAAGACUCGAUGCAAGAAGAGAAAAUCGCGCAUCAUGGGGAUAUGGAGGAGCAAGUCCAAAACAAGGAGAUGAGGAUAGGCGAGGAUAUGAGUAGGAGCGAGGGACCGGAAAUGUUGGCGUUGGAAGAAAUGGUUGGCCUGGAGGAAAUGCUGAGGAUUGAUUUCCCGGAUCCGGCGAGGUAUGAAUUGGAUGGUGGCAGUUUUGUUGAAGGACGAGCGAAUUGGGAGAUCAAGGUGUGA